AUGGCCUUGACCAAAUUGUCGAGCACCAUCUUGUUGCUCAUCUGCCUCUCUGCAAACGCGACCUUGGCACAACUCGUUGAAGCAUCUCUACCAACCGCCACGGUCCCCAUCGCUUCAGCCUCGUCUCCAUGGCUGACGACUGCGACCCCAACCUCUGAUGCUUCCUAUCAUCCGAGCUCUGCCGCCUGGUCAACAGGAAAGAGCAAAUUUCCGUCUUAUUUCGGAAAAGCAAAGAUCGCCCAUGCGGCUUUGGGGGCUGCUGCGUUCCUUGUAUUCUUCCCUCUUGGUGGUAUCAUUGUCAAAGUUUGGCCGCAUCGUCACAUUGUCUGGAUCCAUGCGGCCAUCCAAGCGUUUGGAUUGGCCGUAUUUGUGGCCUCGACAGGUCUGGGGAUAUGGAUGGGCAUGAAGUUGGAUGCUGUCGACCACUACCACUGUGUCAUCGGUCUCGUCAUCCUAGGCCUUCUCUUUCUCCAGCCCCUGAUGAAGUUGCACUGGUUCCACGAAAAGAUCCCGAAGGUGGUUCACUUUGUGCACAUCCAUCUCUGGCUCGGCCGUGCAUUGAUUCUUCUCGGGAUCGUUGAUGGCGGUCUCGGUUUCCAAUUCGCUGCUACCUUCAAAGGAGCCAAGUGGGCGAGCGGGUGGAAAAUCGCAUACGGCGUGUGCGGGGCGCUUGUAUGGAUCAUAUAUGUAAGCGUUGUGAUUGUGUGGGUGGAAAUGAAGAAGCCCGCCGCGAGCAUGUCAAGAAUUGUGGAGAAUGAGGAGAUGGCGGCAUUGAACCAGGCCAGAGGACGAGCUGGGGACAGACCAAAGACGGCAGACACAGUGACGAGUACCGUGCACGAUGUCGAAAGUGGCGAGGCUUUGCCAGUUGAGCCGGUGAGACCUGCCCGGCCCGCUCGGUUGUGA